CUCUGCCCCACAACUCUCGAUGGUACUCCCUGGGCCGCUCGCCUGGGAAAAGGGGCAAAGGGAAAACGCCAGAGAAAACCAUAGAGUACACCGCCAGCCGACGAGAGGAAGAGAGAGCGGCCUCCAUCGGCCCGAAGUCCUAGAGGCUGCUGGGCCGGAGGCGGUCGUACAAAAGGAGUCCCGGGAGGCCGCUCCAGCAGCUGGUGGACCAUAGAGAGACACAGCUCCCGCCGGCCUUGGCCCGGGAGGUGAGUUAGUGGCUGCAGGGCGGAAACUAGUAGGGAGUGUUUGUGGAGCGGGCCGGAGGCAAAAGUUUCUCGAACCCCAGGAUGAGGGUGGGCCUGGGCGGUGGGAAUCCCCUGGAGGAGGUGCUGAAAGAAGCACGCCGACGGUCGGGGCCCCGGCGCAUCACAGCAGCCGUCCCGGUGCCUCAGCCGCGUCACUGCUUUGGAUCCCGCCCGGUUGCCCGCUGCCUCUCCUCAGGACCAUAAUCAUGACGAUGCUCCAUCCCAAGCUUUGCAGGUCACAAAACGGCUUUCCCAUUUGCUGGCUCUUGUGAUUGCCGCUCCCGCCCAACGAUGUGGACGCUGUCAUCAUCUCCACUUUACAGAUAGGAAAGCUGAGGCCCUGGGAAGCGAGGUGACUGUAUCUAUCAGAGGCCACGCGGUGAGUCAGAGCCCAAAGACACGUGGAAACCCGGGUGCCUUUGUCCCCACGCCGGGUCACAUUCUUUCCCCAGGCCUUCUCUGUGCAUUAAUUUGUCCCUUUUCUUGCUCAGUGCCUCUGCCCCAAAGAUGUGCUCAUUUCGCCUCUUGUGCCCGCCUCUCUCCCACCUCACCCGCUUUCCAGCCGCUGAAGGUUUCAGGUUCUUGAUCUAGAAGGCACUGUGUCCUCCUUGCCUCCCCGCAGAGCAGCGAUAAAAUUCUGUGAGCGGAGGCUGUGGUUUCCAGAGAAUCCUCUGACCGUGGAAAUGCACUUCCCAGCUACCUUCCGAAUCCCCCGAUCUGAGGUUUUGAGUUGCAGCAUUCACACCUGCAACCUGAUUUCCUAUCCCUAAGGCCCUUACUUGACCUCCAUGACUCAAUUUCAUGGAGUAAUUACUGUCGUACAUUACUUAUUCUUCAGCUUAUGCUAAUUUUUAGCCAUGUGUAACAGGAUAUGCAAUUUAGUUGGUAUUCAUUUCUCAGUUGUGUUCUAGUGUUUUCAAUAUGAGGCCAUAGUCAAUGAGUUUGAAAUUUCUCCAGGUGUGUUCUUCAUAUGUAAGGAACCACUGGUUUAUCUUUGUAGGAGACCUAGCUUCCCUCUGAUGGAUCUCCAUGUCUGCGGUUCUCCACUAGAAUCUCAUUUGUCUUACUUGCAUAGAUUGUUGUGGUUUGUGUUCAGUGAAGUGAUAAGUCAGUCAGUUGCAUUCAGAAAGCUCUAACUCCAGGGAGGGAGACUGAUAGCUAAACAACAGUGCAGUGUGACAGUUUCUGAUAGAGUUAGGUACAAGGUACAAGGCCCUGAAGACCCCAGAGAGAGUAACUUACAUAAACAGUGUCAAGAAGUCUUCACAGCAGAAGUGACAUUUGUGCAGAUUCUUAAGGACAGUGAAGAGUUGGUUAGCCAGACGAGAGAUGGAGAAGGGGAAAUGGCCCGUCAAGCCAAGAGAGAGAGAGAGAGAGGCAUGUGUGAGGGUAUGGGAGCAAAAGAGAAGUUGGUGAGCCUGGAGAAUGGCAACUCAUUGGUAUGACUGGAUCAGAGAUCUGUUGAGGGGAGAGGUGGUAGAUGAGUCUGGAGAGGUCAGCAGGGGCCAGGUCAUGAAGGAAGGGCCUUAUACCCAUACAGAGGAGUAGUGAGAUCAUAACAUGUUAAGCGGGGAAGGGACAUCUGAGAUCCCUUGGCCCAAGUUUUGUUGCAGAUAAGAAAACUGGGACCCAGAUUGCUUUAUGAUUUCACCAGGGUUACUUAGAUCCAAGAAACUUAACCUUCAGUCUUUAGUAUAUUGGCCAAAACUUGUUGGCUCUCUUCUAAUAUUGAUCCCUAUUAACAUUUGUAUACUUCUCGUUCUGAGCAUUGUUGUAAAAACUUCUAGGUUAACUAGGUGUGGCAUGCUGCCAUGCAAGGAAAUGCCUAAGUGGGCAGGCACUGGGCCGUGCACCCACAUCAGCUGGGAAGAAAGUGAGUGAGAUCUCUAACUAUAUUUUGUUUGGGUUCUCUUCUGAUUGGCUUAUCAGCACAUAAAAACCACAGAACACCUGUCAGUGGUGAUGACAGACCCCGUGUUGGACCCACAGCCAACCGACAGCACUGGGGAGAUGGAUGGACUGUGCCCUGAGCUAUUGCUGAUCCCCCCAUCUCUGUCUAACCGUGGAAUCCUGGAGCCUGUCCAGAGCCCCUGUCCUGCUGGGAAUCCCACACCUUUGCCUGCUGACCCAGGCUGCCUGCUGGUAGAGUCCACGGCAACUGAAGAGGACACAGGGAACAUGGAGAUCAUUGUGGAAGCAGUAGCUGGAAACCUGUCCCCAGGUGCUCCUGGAGAGCCCCCAGGUGUCCUGGUAAAGGUGGUGGAGGUGUACUUCUGUGAGCGCUGUGAGCAGAGCUUCGCAGAGCCCACUCUGCUGGCCCUGCACCAGUGUACUGAGACCCUUAUACAGCCUAUGCAGGGCCUCUCUAGCCUUCCAUGCUCUGUAGAGCUGACCCCCAGCAACCUCAUUCUCUCUGGCCCUCUGCAGGGCCAGGGCCCACCAGAUAGCCCCCUGCCAUGCCCUGUGUGUAGACAGGAGUUUGCCCAACCCCAGGCCCUGAAGAGCCACUUCAAGAUUCACCGGGCCACUCCCGACAUCUUCUCCUGCCCAGAGUCUGGCUGUGUGUUCUCCGCUGAAGAUCGCAAGGGUCUGCAGCACCACCUGAGGCAGGCCCACGCCACGGUUCCCGUGCCCUGUUCUUUCCGGGGCUGCCCCCUGCUUUUUGGGAGCCAGCAGGGCAUGGAGCUGCACCGGCAGGCCCACUACCCUUUCCACUGCAACCAUUGCAGCUUCGUGGGCUCCAACGUCAAACUCUUCCGGCAGCAUCAGCGGAGCCACGGGGCCGGGACACAGGGAGAACUGUCUGCCCUUCAGGGUCUUCCAUCCCAGGAGCUGCUGCCAGCUCCGAAACUGCCCAGUAGAGAGGGAGAGCCUUCAGAACAAGCAGAUACGCCCUUGCCCAGGCGAGAGUCAGCUGACGAGGAGGACGUAGAGGAAGAAGAGGGGAAUGGCACCUUAAAGGACUCCCAGAAAGCCCCAGAGAAAGCCCAGGGGGCUCAGCAGUUAGAAGGGGAUGUGGCUUCUGGCACCGAGUCCCUCUUCAAGACCCACAUGUGUCCAGAAUGCAAGCGCUGCUUUAAGAAGCGGACCCAUCUCGUGGAGCACCUGCAUCUCCACUUCCCGGACCCCAGCCUCCAGUGCCCCAACUGCCAGAAGUUCUUCACCAGCAAGAGCAAGCUCAAGACCCAUCUGCUGCGGGAGCUGGGCCAGAAGGCCCACCGCUGCCCGCUGUGCCACUACAGUGCGGUGGAGAGGAACGCGCUUAACCGCCACAUGGCCAGCAUGCACGAGGACAUCUCCAACUUCUACUCAGACACCUACACCUGUCCCGUGUGCCGCGAGGAGUUCCGCCUCAGCCAGGCCCUCAAGGAGCACCUCAAGAGCCACACGGCGGCGGCGGCGGCAGAGCCGCUGCCCCUCCGCUGCUUUCAGGAAGGCUGCGGCUACACGGCCCCCGACCGCAAGGCCUUCAUAAAGCACCUGAAGGAGACCCAUGGUGUGCGGGCCGUGGAGUGCCGCCAUCACUCUUGUCCCAUGCUCUUCGCCACGGCCGAAGCCAUGGAGGCCCAUCACAAAAGCCACUACGCCUUCCACUGCCCACACUGCGACUUUGCCUGCUCCAAUAAGCACCUGUUCCGCAAACACAAGAAGCAGGGCCACCCCGGCAGUGAAGAGCUGCGCUGCACCUUCUGCCCCUUUGCCACCUUCAACCCGGUGGCCUACCAGGACCACGUGGGCAAGAUGCACGCCCACGAGAAGAUCCACCAGUGCCCUGAGUGCAGCUUUGCCACCGCCCACAAGAGGGUGCUCAUCCGCCACAUGCUGCUGCACACCGGCGAGAAACCUCACAAGUGUGAGCUGUGUGACUUCACGUGCCGAGACGUGAGCUACCUGUCCAAGCACAUGCUGACCCACUCCAACACCAAGGAUUACAUGUGCACCGAGUGUGGCUAUGUCACCAAGUGGAAGCACUACCUCAGUGUGCACAUGCGGAAACAUGCAGGGGACCUCAGAUACCAGUGCAACCAGUGCUCGUACCGCUGCCACCGGGCUGACCAGCUGAGCAGCCACAAGCUGCGCCACCAGGGCAAGUCCCUGAUGUGUGAGGUGUGUGCUUUCGCUUGCAAGCGGAAGUAUGAGCUGCAGAAGCACAUGGCCUCCCAGCACCACCCGGGCGCGCCGGCCCCGCUCUACCCCUGCCGCUACUGCAGCUACCAGAGCCGCCACAAGCAGGCCCUGCUGAGCCACGAGAACUGCAAGCACACCCGCCUCCGGGAGUUCCGCUGUGCCCUCUGCGACUACCGCACCUUCAGCAACACCACCCUCUUCUUCCACAAGCGCAAGGCCCACGGCUACGUGCCCGGGGACCAGGUGUGGCAGCUCCGCUCUGCCAGCCAGGAACCGGAGGGGGCCAGGCAGUGCCCGACACCCCCGCCAGACUCAGAGCCCUCGAGCCAGCUGUCUCCCCAGCCUGAGGCGCCAGACCGUGACCCCGGGACUGUGGUGGACCCCAACGUGGACCGGGCCCCGCCGGAGCCCGGUGAGGAGGACCGCGCCGGGAGACUGGCUGGCAGCGAGGUUCCGCGGGGGGACGACCUGGGUAGCAGCCCCAGUCCGGCUGAGGCAGAUGAAGGUGGCUGCACGCUGCACCUCGAGGCCCUGGGGGUGGAGCUGGAGCCCGUGGCUGAGCCGCCCCUUGAGGAGAUCACUGGACCCGCACCUGCGGAGUUCAGGCCCCUGGACCCCUCGGGGCCCCUGAGACUGGAAGGGCCAGGUGCAACUUUGACAGAGCUGUCUACCUUUGAAGGUGCUGGGACGUCUGGUUUGGAUGCUGAAGAAGAGCCCGUUCUGGAAAAGCCAGCCCCUGAAAGCCCCAGAAACCCCCCUUCCUCAGAGGAGGCCCCUGACAGCUGGGUGGGAACCUUCAAGGCAGCUCUGCCUGCUGAGACCGCUCCCCUCCCCCAGUUCCCAGAGUCAGAGUCCUUACUCAAGGCCCUGCGGAGACAGGACAAAGAGCAAGCAGAGGCUCUGGUGCUGGAGGGGCGGGUUCAGAUGGUUGUGAUACAGGGAGAGGGGCGGGCCUUCCGCUGCCCGCACUGCCCUUUUAUCACCCGCCGGGAGAAGGCCCUGAGUGUGCACUCCAGGACUGGGUGCCAGGGCCGCCGAGAGCCCCUGCUGUGCCCUGAGUGUGGGGCUAGCUUCAAGCAACAGCGUGGCCUCAGCACCCACCUGCUGAAGAAGUGCCCUGUUCUGCUCAGAAAGAACAAGGGCUUACCCAGACCAAGUUCACCCGUCCCUCUGCGUCCUCCGCCCCCGGGCACCCAGGACUCAGGGGAUGUGGAAGGUGGGAAGCCCCCACCUGCGCCAUUAGAAGUAGAGCUGGUGCUCCCAAAAGAUGCUCCCUCUGUGCCUCCCAGGGAGCCGGAAGUAGAGGAGCGUCCUGGCACACUGUGUGUCCCUGCAGUCCCUCCUGCAGGAAACCCCUCACCCGAAGAGACGCCUGAGAAGUUCCACUUCGAGCAGGGCAAGUUUCACUGCAACUCCUGCACGUUCCUCUGUUCUCGGCUCUCCUCCAUUACCUCUCACGUGGCCGAAGGCUGCCGGGGGGGACGUGGCGGGGGAGGAAAGCGGGGGGCCGCCCAGACCCAGCCCGUUGCAUCCCUCCUGAGCGAUGGAGGCUCCGCUCCCCUAAACAGCGGCAGCACAGAGCGCAGCCCUGGGAAUGGGGACACGACUGCGGUGCCAAAGCAGAAGGGGGCGCGCUUCUCCUGCCCCACGUGUCCCUUCAGCUGCCAGCAGGAGCGGGCUCUGAGGACUCACCAGACCCGGGGCUGCCCCCUCGAGGGGUCCGGCGAGCUGCACUGUGGCCUCUGCACGUUCACCACUGCCGCCGCUGCCGCCCUGAGGCUACACCAGAAGCGGAGGCACCCUAGCACGGCUCCUGCCCGUGGGCCCCGGCCCCCUCUGCAGUGCGGGGACUGUGGCUUCACCUGUAAGCAGGGCCGGUGCCUACAGCAGCACCGGCGGCUCAAGCACGAGGGAGUGAAGCCGCACCAGUGCCCCUUCUGUGACUUUUCCACCACCAGACGGUACCGGUUGGAGGCACACCAGUCGCGACACACAGGUGUUGGCCGCAUCCCCUGCAGCUCCUGUCCCCAGACAUUUGGUACCAACUCAAAACUGCGCUUGCACCGGCUAAGGGUACAUGACAAAACACCCACCCACUUCUGUCCCCUCUGUGACUACAGUGGCUACCUUCGCCAUGACAUCACUCGCCACGUCAACAGUUGCCACCGGGGCACUCCUGCCUUUGCCUGCCCCCGGUGUGAGGCCCAGUUCAGUUCCGAGACGGCACUCAAGCAGCAUGCCCUGCGCCGACAUCCUGAGCCUGCGCCCCCCGCCCCCGGCUCUCCUGCAGAGGCCACCGAGGGCCCCCUGCACUGCUCCCGCUGUGGGUUGCUGUGCCCCAGCCCCGCCAGCCUGCGAGGACACACCCGGAAACAGCACCCGCGGCUGGAGUGCGGGGCCUGCCAGGAGGCCUUCCCCAGCCGGCCGGCACUGGAUGAGCACCGGAGACAGCAGCAUUUCAGCCACCGCUGCCAGCUCUGUGACUUCGCUGCCCGGGAGCGGGCGGGCCUGGUGAAGCACUACUUGGAACAGCAUGAGGCGGCAGCGGCCUCGGAGGGCGGUGCAGGUGCCAGCCAGCCCCCCCUGCGCUGCCCCUUUUGUGACUUUACGUGCCGCCAUCAGCUCGUGCUGGACCACCACGUGAAAGGGCACGGGGGCACCCGGCUCUACAAGUGCACCGACUGUGCUUACAGCACCAAGAACCGGCAGAAGAUCACCUGGCACAGCCGCAUCCACACCGGGGAAAAGCCCUACCGCUGUCACCUCUGUCCCUAUGCCUGUGCUGACCCUUCUCGACUCAAGUACCAUAUGCGGAUCCACAAGGAAGAACGCAAGUAUCUGUGCCCUGACUGUGGCUACAAGUGCAAGUGGGUCAACCAGCUCAAGUACCACAUGACCAAGCACACAGGACUGAAGCCAUACCAGUGUCCCGAGUGUGAAUACUGUACCAACCGGGCUGAUGCGCUGCGUGUGCACCAGGAGACGCGGCACCGGGAAGCCCGGGCCUUCAUGUGCGAGCAGUGUGGCAAGGCCUUCAAGACCCGCUUCCUACUGCGCACCCACCUCCGCAAGCACAGCGAGGCCAAACCCUAUGUGUGCAACGUGUGCCACCGUGCUUUCCGCUGGGCUGCCGGCCUGCGCCAUCACGCCCUCACCCACACCGACCGCCACCCCUUCUUCUGCCGCCUCUGCAGCUACAAGGCCAAGCAGAAGUUCCAGGUGGUUAAGCAUGUGCGCAGGCACCACCCCGACCAGGCCGACCCAAACCAAGGAGUGGGCAAAGACCCCACCACCCCCACAGUGCACCUGCAUGACGUGCAGUUGGAGGACCCCAGCCCCCCUGCUCCUGCUGCUCCUCCAACUGGACCAGAGGGCUGAGAGCCUACCCCACCUCUUGGAGGGUGUGGUCCAAGACGUGCAGUGCAGACUGACUGGAGGCAGAGUGAGCCUGGAGCUCAGGGCCAGAGGAGGGGCUAGCUUCGAGGCGCCCGGGGAGGGGGCUGCAGGCCUCCUGGGACUCAGGCUCUAGUACUUUGAAGUUGAUGGCCAUAUGUAUAAAAGAGCAACAUGGACCACAAAUUGAUUUCCUGUCGCGGCACACUGUGUUUUUAACCCAUGAGUUCCUGCUUUCUUCACCAUCCCUCCCCCAAAGUCCCUGGCCCUAAGAUGCUAGUUUUACCCAUUCUGUCGUCCCCUUUCUUCUUGCUGUCAAGUCUGUUUUCUUUCAAUGCCCUCAAAACAGUUGUAUCUACCUGCAUGUGCUGUUGUGCCUGAUGCUCUCUAAAGCAUGUUAAACAGAGUGAUUACUAGCUUAUAGACUCGUCCACGUCCCUGACUUACCAUUUCCAGGUUGUCCUCUUGAUCUGCCCUGUUCCCUCUCAGACCUCUGCCUCUCCUUUGUCUCCUUCCAUUUUCACUGCGUGAUUCUGAAAUGGGCCAGGUCUGUUUUCUCUCUGUCCUUGAACCUGUCUAGGCCUUUGCCUUGCUCCUUCUUGCCAAGUUCCUUGGUCUACCUAUAGAGGGAGGACUGCCCCCCACUAAGCCUGUUCCUAGAAGCAGGUUUAUUUCAGCAUCUGUCUGUCCUCAGCCUGGCUCAGCAGUGACACUAGAGUUAAAGUACAAGGUAGUGUGAAAUGCAGAGGACUUGGGGGCUGGUGUGAAUCUCCAAUCCAGACCUCACAAUGACUGGAUGAUUAAUCAUCUACACUGGGACACACUGGGAAAAUGAAAGAGGGUACUUUUAGUAAUUAUGCUGGGACAACAGAUGUAAACCAGGAUGAUUUCCAGGUAUAAACCUCAGCAGGGUUGGGAUCACAUACCCUUUGUCUCCUCCUUUUGCCCUUAGAAGCUAUACUAAUGAACCUUUCUACAUUAUGUAGCACAUGCAGGGGCCCCUGGAAAUUUCUUAUUUUCCUACCCUUUCCCUAGCCCACCUGUCUACCUGAAUGUCUCCCAACCUUCAUACUUCCUCUUGCCCGACAGUGACAGACCAUACUCAAGCACAACUGGGGAGAAAAGCUCUGUUUAUACAAGUGGGACUAGGGAAGAGCAGUCCAGUGGGGACUCGGCUGUGCAGUGUUCUCUUGAGAGUCCGUGUAGUCUUGGGGUCAGGUCUCCUUCCCCAGCCUCUGCCUGGGGAACCUGGAGGAUUGGUCUAUCCUUUCCUUGGCUCUGAGCUUUAAGGAAGUUAGUGUGGAGGGGAUAAUGCCUCUUAGUGUUUCUCUGCUCCAAGCCCCUCUCUGGGUUUCUGGUGGCAACCAUCGUUUGAGCCAGGGUUGAUGAAAGAGACUCAUCCUUUGGGACUGAGGUAUGGGAUUGAGGCUGUGGCAAGAGGAAGGAAGUCCAGCAGAGAGUAUGCAAAGAAAGGGGCAGAAAAGAUACCACAGGUGGAAAAACGAAGAAAGGGAAGAGAGAGAGAGUGAAAAAUCAGGUCCUAGAUUUGCUUGUUAGGAAAGGUGAGGUAAUUUUGUGCUUAGGAAUGCACAACCCGAAACUUGGUUUUUACCACCUGUGUUUGCCUUCUGGAGCAUCCUUCCAGGUUUUUCUUACCGUCUCAAGCCAGCGCACCCACCCUUCCCAAGAAGUGCCCGCCUUAGGAUUCAUCCCCCUCUAGUCCUUCCCGGAUGCAGAUAUGCACAAAGAUGGAGGCCGGAUGGAGGCUGGUGCCGUCCUUGGAGAGUAGGUGUAUGUGGCGGUAGCCUGGAAAGGGGCAGGAGGACAGCAUUAGGAAGGGAGCCGGAGCUGGACCGCUGGCCAGGGUUUGGGGGACCGGCCCACCUUGUUGCAUGCAGGUCCAAGGAAGUGUGUACUGCCCAAUAAAGUCGUGUCGGGUUU